AUGGCGCAUGCUUGGCUCCGGCUGCGGUGCUGGUUCCGUGCCAUCUACUGGUUCCCCAGUGUUGACUCUCCUGCCAUUUCCAGCCCUCGCCCUGCCCCGCAUGGGGAAUCCCUCUUCGCUCUCCCCCUCGUCCUCGCUCCCCUCCUCAUUCGCCACCUCGUGCUCAAUUUCCGGACGGUUGUGUCGCUCCCACCACGUCCCCGAUCUAACCAGUGCAGGUUCGCCGCCCACGACGGGCCCUCUCCCCCUCUUCCUCCCCGUCCCCUGCAUUGGUCUCCGCGCGCUCCUCCCCUGCCCGCACUAUUGUUCCCUCCUCGCCCUCCGCGGAUUGCGCCCGUUCGCCCCGCCGGCAUCCACGGCGCUCGCCCGCAAUCGUCCGUCCGCCGACCGGCGGUCCCCAGGCGAUUCUGCCUCCUCUCGCGCGGCUUCGAGUCGCUCUGCCUUCCGUUUCUGGCUGGGCAUCGUUUCCGGCUGCUGUUGCUCCAGCUUGUGGUUGUGGUCAAGUCGCCGUCUGUUCGCCUUGCGGUUCUUCCCCGCCUCCACCCCUCUCGGACUCCCUACCGGUCAUACCCCCUGAUGGUUGACGAUGCUCUUGGGCUUGUGGCCUCUGCUCUUGCAGAAGCCAUCCCCGGAGAGGCCCCGGGGGACCAGGUGCCAGGCCUGCUCCGAGCCUACGCGGUGCUGGCUGGACGCGGAUCCUCUUCCCAGUCUUCCCGCGGCCGGCAUGCGGCAGUCGUUCCGCCGCACUCGCCGCCAGCCCUUCCUUCCUCCGCCUCUCCCGCGUCCUCCGCGUUCGUUGGUGUCCGGGCCUUCUUCGGCGCCACCUCCUUCCCUUUCCCAGGCUCAGGCCCCGCCGUCGCAACCGUCACCGUCGCCGCUCCAGCCACAGUCUCCGCCUGUUCUUCAGGCGGCUCCUCGGCCGCCUUCUUCCCUGUUGCCGCCAGCUCCGUCUGCCCCCGCGGCUGUUCCGCCGGUUGCUUCGGCUCUGCCUCCCCUCCUCAGGGCGCGUUCCCCCAGUUGUUCCUUGGGGGGCGUGAGAUUCCGAUACCGUGGGAGGUGUUGUCGACUCCCCAGCCGACUGUCGCCCCUGCCGCCUCUGCUGCCGCCCUAGAUGAGCGCUGGAGUCGGGGGGGAGAGUGCCCGCCUGCCGAGUGGCUUCGUCGCGUCGAGCGGCGCGUUGCGACCGUGGGGACUGUCCUAGAGCUGCUGGCGUCGGUGCUUGAUCAGCUGCAUUUAGGGCUGGUGCGUGGGCGUGUUGCUUGCCCGCCUUUGUUGAAGAGGGAGCGGGCCGUUGUGGUGACGGCGGCGUGGCGGAUGAUGGGGAGCUUCCCGCAGAUGGGCCUCGAGACUGGCUCCCCCGGGGUGGGUUCUGGCCCUGGGCCUUCCGCCGUGAGGCGGUUGGCCUCUUCUGUCCGACGUGUCCCACUCGACCUUGUACCAGCCGCCUCAGCGCUGUUGCGCUGGUUGGACGGACGGCUUGCUUUGAUCCUCGCCGAUUAG